AUGAGCGCAGUAAAUUUCGAAAGUUUUUGUACAAAUUAUUUGUUUUACAUUGGUUUAAAAUGCUUGAGCAAAUAUAAGAAUAAAUAUGAACGUUGUAAAAGACGUAAAGACGAACAUUCAAAAGAUAAUAGAAACGAAAAUGAGGUUGGCGAUGUUGUGGAAAGUGUUGAUUCAGAAGAGGAGAUUAUUCUUGAAAAUAUUGAACCAGAGGAGGAGGAGGAGGUAGAAAUAAGGGAAGUUAAAGAAGAACAGUUAGAAGAGGAUAUUAUAGAAGCCAUGGGUCCUCCGAUUUAUACUGAAUCUUCUCGUGGUCAACCAACACGCCCUGAGAUAUACAAAAUAGUCGCAGAUCUACUCUAA